CGUCACUAUCUUGAAUUGGAACAGCUAAAAAGAAAAAAGCAUUCGUCUAGCAAACUGAGUCUAAGAACUGGCGGGCGGAACUCUUCUCCGUCCUCAGUCGUCGCUGGAUCAACAUAAACCAAUUUAUUCUAAUUUGAAAUCUAAAUACCGAAAUCAGAAAGAAUAAAAAAAAAAAAAAAAGCUCUGCAUUUCUCCGCAAUAGAAAGAGAAGGAAUUUAAAGAAAAAAACAAGAAAGUCUGAAACUGAAACCAAGUCCACAGCUCUUAAUCACUUUGUUUUCUUCUCCAAUCGCGGUAUAACUAUGUGAUUUGAAGGCAGCAGCAGCAGAUCAAUUGCAGGCAGAUAUGAGGUGUAGCUGUUUUGGUGCAAAAGGGAGAGCUGACGGUGCUCAUCGUGCUACAGAUGGGAAUUCAAUUCGUGACAUCAACCAUUUCUCUUAUAAUGAGUUGAGAUCAGCAACAGAUGACUUUCAUUCAACCAAUAAGAUUGGACGAGGAGGCUUUGGAACUGUUUACAAGGGAACCCUCAAAAGUGGAAGGCAAGUGGCUGUAAAGACACUUUCUGCUCAAUCAAAGCAAGGAGUGCGUGAGUUUUUGAAUGAGAUCACUAUAAUAUCAAAAGUUAGGCAUCCAAACCUUGUUGAGUUGAUAGGAUGUUGUGCUGAAGGAACAAACAGAAUUUUAGUGUAUGAAUAUGUAGAAAAUAACAGCCUUGAUCAUGCAUUACUAGGUCCAAAUAAUACAAAUAUUAAACUGGACUGGGGAAAAAGAUCUGCAAUUUGCUUGGGCAUUGCUAGGGGCCUUGCAUUCCUUCAUGAAGAACUUGUUCCACAUAUUGUGCAUAGAGACAUCAAAGCUAGCAAUGUGCUUCUUGACAAAGAUUUUAACCCAAAGAUUGGAGAUUUUGGGUUGGCUAAACUCUUUCCAGAUAACAUCACUCAUAUUAGCACAAGAGUGGCAGGAACAACUGGUUAUUUGGCACCAGAGUAUGCACUGGGUGGUCAGUUAACCAUGAAGGCUGAUGUGUAUAGUUUUGGGGUGCUUAUCCUUGAAAUAAUUAGUGGCAAAAGCAGUACAAAGGCCAGCUGGGGAGAAAUGCAAAAGCUCCUCCUAGAAUGGGCAUGGCAGCUUCAUGAAGAGGGGAAACUCUUAGAAAUAGUGGAUCCAGAGAUGGGAGAUUUUCCCGAAGAAGAAGUGGUAAGAUACAUAAAAGUAGCCUUUUUCUGCACCCAGGGAGCAGCAAGCCGGAGGCCACUCAUGAGCCAGGUUGUUGACAUGCUUUCAAGGAACAUCCGGCUUAAUGAGAAGCUACUUUCAGCGCCGGGUUUCUUCCAAGAUUCAGUAGGCGUCAGUGGGCCAUCAUUUUCAACUAAAAAGUCAUCUGCUGACUCUUCUGCUAGCAACCAGAUGAGCUCUGUUCCUGUCACAAUCACUGAGGUGACCCCUAGAUGAACAGGUUUAUUUUUUUAUUUAUUUUUAUUACUAUGGAUACUUAUGUAUUGGUAAGAGCUUUCAACUGGAAAAUGGGAAAAAUUAGUUAGUAGGCACAUUCAUAUACUUCAUUACUCAGUAAAGUGGCAAAUUAUAUUGAA